GCCAGUCGACGGCUGUCGCUCGCUCUCAAAAGCACAGUCUGCAUCUGACUCUUGUCCUAGUGCCGUGUUCUUAUCCUGCGAACUCUCGAAAUAAAACACUCGUCGCAGAAACGAAACGUCUUUUGUGGAUUAACGUGAACAGUGUACAUCGUAUAUUUUUUUAUGUGUUGUGCUUUCGAACAAAACGUCAUCAUAAGUGCGUUAUGGGGUGUUUUUCCGAUUGCUGCAACUGAAUAGAUAGCCUAAUAUUUGCCGGGAUUGGUGACUGGUGUAAACAAUAACAAACCUUAACGCAUGUUAACAAGUGACUUGAAACUCAUUAAACACAGGAAUUAUCUAUGGCGUGGAUUUACAGAUUAUCCCUGAGGUAACAUCUUCGUAAGCUGUUAAUUUGUACCAUCGUAAAAGGACGAAUUCGAGAUGUCUUGGAUUUUGAUGAUUCUACUCGGAACUCUACUGACUCUUCAGCAGGCCGCAUCCUCUGGAAUGUUUGAGUUGCGGCUACUUUCCUUCGACAACCAAGCCGGGAAAGACGAUAUGGGAAAAUGCUGCACUGGAAGAACUGGAUCUGACUCCGACUGCCUUGGAACCUGCAGGCCCAGGUUUAGAGUGUGCCUCAAAGAGUACCAAGUCAAAAUCGACACUACCACCCCUUGCACCUUCGGAGACACCAUAACCGCCGAGCUUGGGCCUAAUCCUGGAUCUGACGCACCCCAAAACUCUAUCGCAUUCCCCAUUCAGUUCACUUGGCCGGGCACUUUUUCGUUGAUUAUCGAAGCUUGGCAUGGAAACCAAACGACACAAUCAGUUCUCAUAACCAGACUGACCAAGCAGCGAUACCUAGAAAUAGGCGAUCAUUGGACAGAAGAUCAACACGUGUCGAAAUUUUCGACAAUUCGAUUCGAAUACCGUGUGACCUGCGAUCCGCACUAUUACGGAAAAGGUUGCGAGAACCUUUGCCGGCCACGUGACGACAGUUUUGGACAUUACAGCUGUUCUCCCCUGGGCGAAAGAAUAUGCCACUCUGGAUGGACCGGUGAUUACUGCAGCAAACCUCAGUGCCUGCCCGGUUGCGAUGAGGAGCACGGCCAUUGUACAGUGCCGAAUGAAUGCAAAUGUCAAGCGGGUUGGGAAGGACCCCUGUGCAACAAAUGCCAGAAAUAUCCAGGUUGUAUGCACGGUUCCUGUAUGAAACCCUGGGACUGUCUUUGCGACGAAGGCUGGGGUGGUUUAUUCUGUAACCAAGAUCUGAAUUUCUGCACCAACCACAAGCCAUGCAGAAACGGUGGCACCUGCUUCAACACCGGUCAGGGUAGCUACACUUGCAAUUGUGCCGCUGAAUACACUGGAACCAAUUGCGAGGUGCCAUUGCACGAUUGCCAAAGAACCCCCUGCGCGAACGGUGGCACAUGCGCCCAAACAUCGAAUUCUUCUAUGUGCAUCUGCCCGACAGGAUUCCAAGGACCAAACUGCGAAACCCCCGUAUCAACUUGCAAGGAUAACACCUGCUCCAAUGGCGGAACUUGCGUGAACGUGCAUUCCGGUUUCCAGUGCAACUGCCCGCCUGGAUUCACUGGAAAGAACUGCCAGGACAGCACCAACAACUGCGCAAUGAGCCCUUGUAAAAAUGGCGGGUCUUGUUACGACGAAACUGAAGGAUACAAAUGCGUGUGUCCCUUGGGCUUCAGCGGGUCAACUUGCGAGCAUAACAUUGACGAUUGCAAAGGCAACCCUUGCCAAAACGGUGGCACUUGCAUAGACAAAGUCAACGAGUUUCGGUGUCAGUGCGUGUCCGGAUUCGUCGGUUUAUUGUGCCAAACCCGGGUGGAUUUUUGCAUAACCAAGCCAUGCGCAAACGGCGGCACUUGUAUCAAACUCUUGAACGAUUACAAGUGUAAAUGUGCGCCGGGUUUCACUGGUAAAGACUGUAGCGAGGAGAUCGACGAGUGCCAAUUCCAGCCGUGCCUGCACGGAGGAACUUGCGAGAAUAGACUCGGCGGGUUCAAAUGCCACUGUCCACCGGACUUCGCUGGCAGAAAAUGCGAAGAACCAGCCUCUAGUGCAGCCCCCGAAAGUGCGAGAGUAUCUUCGGAAUCGAAUCUGACGACUGAGCAUGUGGUGGUCAUUGCGACCAUAUCGACUUUUGUGCCUCUGGUGGUUUUGAUCGCGGUCGGCGUCAUAAUAUGCCUGAAACAGCGCAGAAAACGGGAGAAGGCGCGGGCCGACGAAGAGGCUCGUCUGCAGAACGAACAGAACAUUGCUAACUGUAGUUUUGCCAAACGCGGCGCCGCUAUUGCGUCGGAUGCUCAUAUGAUCAAGAACUCUUGGGGCAAAUGCACCAAUAACGUACUUACUUCGAAUCUUUCCUCCCCGGACACUUGCAGUGUAUCGAACGUGAGCGUGGGCGAUUGCGAUGCGUUCUCCAAACCCUCCCAAGUUAUAGACGGUCGUGCUGUGUAUGGACUCCAAAGGUCACGAUCGCAAAAACAACUAAAUACAGAGCCUGGGCCUCGCGCCUCGGCUAUGCUCGUUGCUAAACUUCAGGAGCCUCAGUACGAGCACAUCAAACGAUUGUCUGUGAUGUCCAACACUUCGGCUGUGUGUGGCUCUAGUGAUCCGUCUCUGGUUAAAAGGUCCGAGAAAGAUCCCAGUGGCGUGUAUGUGAUAGAUGAGCAUUUCCACAGGCCCGACGCAAUCGCUGCUGGCCUUUUUGCAACGGAAGUAUAAAAUAGUUGUGUGACUGACUGAUCCUGUGUGUGAGUGUAUUGGCUCUUCUUGUCUGGCUGGCGCGUUGUAUAGUUAUAUUUAUUAUUGCCAAAAAAAGCUUCCAAGUCGAGCCAAAGAAUCGAGAGUCUGAAUGUUUUGGGCCUGAAUUUUUUGCCCUCUCGUCCAAGGGCUUCGACAGAUUUUCUAAACCGAUUUCUGUUAUGCCGAUUAAACACACCUAAUCCGAUGAUCAAUUGAUAAGCUUGUUUUGAAACCAAUUACGUAGGAAAGCACCUCGACAUCGUCAUCUUAUGUGAAUAUUAUAGUGAAUUUGUAAAUGUGUACCCAAACCAUUUUAUUUGAAUCUCAUAUUUCCCCCCCCCCUUCUCUUCCAAGUCUCUUACAUUCGUUCUGAACGCUCUUUUUUGGUUAGUUUUUGGCUCUGAAUUGUUGAUCCAUCAUACCAAAGAAACGCAUCUAAUUUAUUUAAAUCAAGCGUUCUGAACGGAUGUAUGAAAUUUCGAAGUCUGAAUUGUCACUUAAGAUGAAGUCGGUGCUUUCAUAUAUGGUUCUUUUUUGUAUAUAGUCUAGCAUAGUAUUUUGUUUACAAUUGGUCUAAGACUAUGGUUUCAAACCAAAGAUUUUGGCAUCGUAGAAAACUAGUCUGGUGAAUUUGCCGAAGAACCGUCUCGUCAAGUAGCAUGUAUCCUAAAUUCUUACUGUAAAAUGUGAUUAAUCUAAAGUAAACUAAGUCAGUAUUGCCUACGUAUUAUGGACUUUCAUCUAAUAAAUCAUUUUUCUACCAAUACUCCAGGUUCCUUUUUGAAUCAUUAUCGAGUGUUGGUUGGAGAAGAGUUAUUUUGUACCUUUUAUACACUGAUUAUUAGUAUUAGAUGCUGCCUAUUUAUUAUUUCGAACUAAAUAUGUUCCUUUAGGUAGUUUGGACAAACUAAGUCACAUACCAAUUCAAAGUGUUGAAGAGAUAAUACUUCCUCUUUUGGAUUUUAAUCGCUCUAACCUGAAAUGGGUGUAAUUGUAAUCUUUUUUGAAUUCCAAUUUGUUUUGUUAUAAUUUAUAUUUUAUUUAUUAUAUUCAAUUUGUUAUUGCGAAUUAUUUCAUUUCAUUUUUUAAGCCUUGCCCACUUUGUAUUUUCGUAAUUUUAUUUCUGCCAUUUUCUACAACACUUUGGAUUUACUGGUAUUGGUUAAUCACUUGGACAAGUUGGAAGACUUAUCGUCAAAAAGACAUUUUGUAAUAUAUCGUGUAUAUUUAUAGAAUGUAAACUAAAUGUCAAAAUAUUGUUCAUGUUUCAUAAUGAAAUCUCCUUUAGAGAAGCGGCUGUUCCUCAGUAAAUGAUGUUAUUAUCGUAAUAAAUUUUUUGUUCUAUA